AUGCUCAAAGGCAAGCUCUCUCAGCCAGAGCCGUGCUCGAACGAACACAUCCUGUUUCUGGACGCCAAGGAGCUGCUUGGAGAAGAUGCCAUAAAAGCUGUAGAGGAAGGAAGCAAAGGGUGUACUGCACCCUUUGAGCUGUACACGGAACUCGAGCUGACCGUGUCUUCGAUAUCUUCCAUAGGAGAAUCGCUGGCCGUUGCACCAGCUCCACAUCCGCCAUGGGUAAUUGUCACGCCGUUCGCUUUACCCGGAGAGACAAUUCGUGCAAGAGUAUACAGCCAUGGCUACUUCUACUCGCGUGCGGACCUCUUAGAAAUCAUCAAACCGAACCCUGAGUUGCGGGACGACAGCAGAGUCAAGUGCAAACACUUUUCGAAGUGUGCCGGCUGUCAAUACCAGAUGCUUUCGUACGAGACACAGUUGGAUCUUAAGCGAAAUGUGAUCAUCAAGGCGUAUAAGAAUUUCGCGGACUUGCCUGCUUCUGCAGUACCGGAAGUCCAACCUACUAUCAGCUCUCCCCUGCAAUAUGGUUAUCGGACAAAGAUUACGCCACACUUCGACAACCCGCAAAGUAUGAUCAAGCAGCAUGGACUACCAACAGACGGGAAGCCGGCAUGGUUUAAAAUCGGCUUUAACAGUGCCGGUAGCAGGCAUCCUAUGGAUAUUGAAGAAUGUCCUAUUGCCACACCGGUCAUCAGCGAAGCGUAUUCGGUGCUCCUCGACACAUAUAAAAAUGGUGUCUCUCUGCUCCUUCGUGAAUCAUUGGAAAUCUCACCCGAGCCUAUCUCAAGUUCAUUAUCACUUGAGCAACCGCCUGCGCAACCGUCUGGCGAAGAGAAGAAGAUAUGUGUAACUAACCACAAGGGUACAAUCCGGGAGCGCGUUGGAGACAUGCUCUUCGAGUACACCGCGGGAAACUUCUUCCAAAACAACAACUCAGUGCUCGUGCCGCUCACGUCCUACGUACGGGACGCUAUCUUCGCGCUCUCAAAGCCGACACACCUCGUCGACGCAUACUGCGGCAGCGGCCUCUUCUCCAUCAUGCUCUCCCCGCACUUCAACAAGGUUCGCGGCAUCGAGCUCUCCGCGGACAGCAUCCGCGCAGCGCAGAAGAACGCGGAGCUGAACGGGAUUCCGAGCGACAAGAUUUCUUUCAUGGAAGGCGAUGCUGCGAACAUCUUCGAUACCGUCGCGGACUUUCCGCGGGAGGGGACAGCGCUGAUCAUUGACCCGCCGCGCAAGGGUUCGGAUGAGCGUUUCAUCGACCAGCUCAUCAAGUUUGGGUGUUCGACCGUCGCGUACGUCAGCUGCAACGUGCACACGCAGGCGCGCGACAUCAACAUGAUACUCCGCAAGAGCGAGGAGCAGAUGGCCAGCAAGAAAUACGUGCUUGAGAGCGUGCGCGGGUUCGACCUGUUCCCGCAGACAGCACACGUUGAGUCAGUUGCGAUACUCAAGCUGGUAUGGUACAGAUAG